AGCUAGGUCAAAGUCUACUAGAGUAAUCAGAAUAUAUAGAGGUAAAUUCGAUGAGUAUGAUUAGAAAUCUGUUGAAAAGGAUGCCUGCAACAUCUCUAAAGCGACCGGUCACCCAUUGGCAGGGAAAGGACUUCAGUCCAAAAACAAAAUCAGUCAAUCACAUAAUUCACAAAAAUGUUCAAAAUGUCAACAAAAAUUUGAACGGAACAAUUCUUCCAUAUAUGACAAAGGGAAAGACAAUCAAAGGCUUUCAGAGAGGGAGCAAAAGCCUAGGGACACCUACAGCUAACUUCCCAGAAGAAGUUGUAGAUGAGCUCCCUCCUUCAUUGCCCACUGGGGUGUAUUUUGGAUGGGCUUCAGUAGAUGGAGGACCCAUAUAUAAGAUGGUUAUGAGUGUUGGCUGGAAUCCAUUUUACAAUAAUGAGAAAAAAUCGAUGGAAACGCAUAUACUGCAUACAUUUGAGGAGGACUUUUAUGGCUCUGAAUUAAAAGUAGUCAUGGUAGGAUACAUUCGGCCAGAGAAAAACUUCAAGUCAUUAGAUGAUCUGAUAUCAGCAAUUAAAAGUGAUAUAGACACAGCUCAUGAACAGUUGGAGAAACCAGAAUAUCAAAUAUACAAAGAUAAUGAAUUCUUCAAACCAACUCUACAAAAUGGCCAUGUUAAUGGACUUGUAAAUGGAACAGAACGGUGAAAUUCUCAAACCACUACAAAAUGGAUGUAUUGAAACAGGAGACAGGGGCCAAUUAUGAAUGUAUUUAACAUACCGCAACAGCAUCCACAGAAAACUGCAGUAUCAGGAAUAUUGCUCCAAUCACUUGGAAUAAUACCCCUGCAUGUAGAUUACUCCACUCAACUUACACUCUGCUGGACACAGAGCAAAAUCCCAUUUUACAUGAAUUUGUAUGUGGCGACUCUAUCAUAGUGAUGAACAAUCAUUCACAACAGUCAAUGAAUUGCCAAUUUGUUUUUUUGGGCAAUGAUGAAGUGCUGGUCAAAAAGUUCAGAUCCCAGUUUACAUAGAAAAUUACAAUUCAGCCAAAAGAAAAUGUCUGCAAUAUGUACAGGGUGUGCCAAAAAAAUUUGCAACUUUUUAGAAGGCUAGAAAUGUAUUACAACAUUAUGAUAUUGACAU